AUGGUUGACGUUUGACGUUGACAACUAGCAAUAGUGUAAAAUGGCCGAAUGCCGAGUAUUCACAAAAUGUUCAGAUAAUUUACAAAUUUUAGAGAUAUUAAACUUUUAAAAUAUGGACCAGUGAUUAAUAAUUCAUUAUUAAAUUCGCUAUAAAAUAUUUUAUAUAAGAAUUAGUGACUUAUUGUGGAUUGUGGAACAAUUAAUUAAUCCAUAAAGCACAUAAUAGUGUGUUGUGGCUUGGGUUUACUAGAAAUAAUUUUCUAGAGUAUUAAUAUUAAAAUACCUUUGUUAAAGACAUAUAAUAUCUUACUUAAAACGUGGUUAUUUUCUGAUAAGUUCUGAUCAGUUUUAAGAAGAAUUUCACCAUGUAUAAUAACAAUAGUGCUCACUAUACAAACACUGGAUACGAAGCAGGGGGGUAUUCCCAGUACCCUGCUCAAACUUAUUCAAGCAAUUAUGGAAAUUAUCAAGGGUAUACAGGUUAUUCUAACCAGCCUACUCAACAACCAACUGCAACUGGACAAGAGACAUAUCCAUCUAAUAAUUGGGCUCCAACUUAUAGAUCGAAUCCAGAUCCAAAGGAUGCAGUGGCUCAAGAAAUGCAACAACAAAAAGCUCAGCUCAUUCAGCAACGUGAAGAUUACGUGAAGAAAGCUUCGGUGCUGAGAUAUGAACUGGAUCAGUUGAGGAUGCAAAAACAAGAUCUUGUCGGAAACGGACAAUCGCCGGACAUGGAUUUGACAAAUAUUUUGAAACAAAACGACAAACUGCAGGACGAGAUUCAAGGCAAAUUGAAAGCCAUUCAUAACGUUAUCGAGAUGCUGUCCAGCAUUAUAAAAGAUAAUAAAUCGAUAAGCGAUCUCGAAGCUGAAUUACUUACACCAGAAAUCCCCAAUCCUGCAACCACACCGAUUUCCCAUCAAUCCCACUUCGAUAAUAACCCUUACAAGAAUCCUCCUCCUGUCGAACCUAUAAAAAAUUCCCCCGAAGCGUAUUGUUACGUUCAUUACGACACCGGUUUGCAUUGGUGUCGAAUGUGUGACGAAUUUCCUGAUACGGCUAAAGAUUUUCUUCUGCAUCUGCAAGACAAGAAACAUCGAGAGACGGCCAAAGAAAAUGACAUGGACGCCACGCCGUGGCACAAAUUACCGACUGAACCGUUGAUGCCGUCGGACGAAGAUGCUCCCAAGAAACGUGUCCCGAUUAAAGGUUUGCAGUUCUUUAUAUCCGCCCCUUCUUGGUAUUGCAAGUUGUGCGACGUUUGGAUAGGCGAUCUACACUGCGCUUCACAACACUUAAAAUCCAAAAUGCACCAUCAAAAUUACGAGAAUUUUGUUUCUCAAAAUCCUCAUUGGGAAAUGGAAUGGUUAAAAGAUCGCGAAAAAUCGAUGACGAGGAAAGGCCCUCCAGAUUCUUCGGAAUCCGAUGAUGCCAAGAAAAAACGUAAACGCAAAGAAAAACAACGCUCAUCGUCCGAUAUGUUUUCGAUAAAAGAUAAAAAAAAGAAAAAGAAAUCUCGCAGAAAGAGGAAACAGUCGUCGGAUAGCAGCAGUAGCAGUUCCUCGUCUUCGGAUAGUUCCGAUGACGAAAACGAAGAUCGGUCUAGAAGCAUUCGAGUAGCUAUGCGUAACAUGAAACAGGUUCAGUCUAUAAUGGAUGAAGAUCUGACGGCCAAAUGGAGCGUCUUAGAGAAAUUGGUGGAAGAACACAAGAAGAAGGAGCUAAAAGACAAGCAAGAGAAGGAGAAAAAAGAGGAAGUCGAUUCCAAAGAUGAUCCGCUUAUUAAUCAGUGGAUGACCAUUUCUCAACCUCCUCCAAAGGAAAAAAUGAUGCUGGAAUCUCUGAAAGACCGAAUGCGCCAAAAGCAAGAGAUUGAACGUACUCGAAUGCAAGAAUUAGAGAAGCACAGACGCGAAAGGGAACGUGAAGAUGAAGAACGGUUAGAAAGAAAGAAACGCGAAGAAAGAGAAGCUGCCGAAGAGGAAGAGCAGAAAAGAAAUUUGAGAGAACAUGAGGAAAUGGAUAGGACUAAGGAUAAAGAACGCAAUCAGGUUCGAUUCAGAGCAAAUACCUACAGGAAGAGACGGUCAUAUUCGGGUAGCGAUGAAGAAGAUAACAAGAAUGAAGAUAGAUAUUACAACAAACGGGACAGUCACAGGAGAGAGUCUGAAAGAGACGGUUCAUAUCGAAACCGUCAUUCUAGAAGUCGAAGUAGAAGUCCUCCUAGAGGAGCGGAUCGAAAACACGAAAGGCAAGAAAACGAGAAGAAAAAACCUCCAGGUCCGCCGAGUUACAAAAAGUUGCCGUUUAUUGGACGAAUGCCGCUCUUCAAAAACAAAGCAAAACUUCAAGAUGAAAAAGACGAAGUGAAAGAACUUAAAAAAGAAAGUUACGACCAACCGAGAAGAACGCGAUUCGAACCAGGAAAUUUACCGAAAGCGUUCAUGCCGAAACCGGAUGUCGUUUGUUUCCCUAAGCUGUCAUCGAUUCCACCAUUGAACAUUCCUCCACCGGCUCCAGUUGUUAUUGAGAGAGUUCCGGUACCAGAGGCGCCGAAGAUAAGUAUAAUCGAAGAUAAACAUUUGCCGAAAGCCCCGCCACCACCGAAGUUGAAUAAAAAAGCAGAACCUCAAAACUUGAGCGAUGAUGAAGUACUUUAUGGUUCACAAGAAGUUGAUACCAGUAUGAUGGGCCAAUAUUACCAGAAUUACGGUAACAAUUACAUACAUAACAACUAUCACUAUCAAGAAGAAAAGAUGAUUAGCCCUCCUCCACCACCACCGCAUUCUCAUUCAAUGCCUUUGCAACCACCACCGUUACCGCCCGAUGAUGAUCUGGCACUAUUAGGAAUUUGCGCAGAUGACAUGGCUGCUCAAUCUUUUUAACUUUUUGUGCAUUCUUUUUACUUUACAUUUUUUAAACUGUAUUACGAUGUUAUAAUAAGUUUCCAUUAGUUAAUAAAACUACUUCACUUGCAGUUUCGUUAUUCUUCGAAUAUUUUGGAG